UCCUCACAAACUACGUCUUAAAUCACUAUCAUUCUCAGUCAAAUGUUAUCUUUUAUUUCACUAAUGGAAUCAUUACUUUUUCGAUUACUGUUGGACGACAAACUGUACAGCUAGAAAUCGAUGCAAUUGGUAAUUUCACCAAUCAGUCUUCAACAAUUUUAAUUCGAAAUUCGGUGAAAGUCGCAUCUCGAGGUAACGCGCUCGCGAAUACCGACUGGCGGCAAAUGUUGAGAUCGCGAGCGAGAAUGUCGCGAGAACCAGUCCUCACGGAAAGCACUUUUUUUCGCCGGGCCCCUCCGGCGAAUCCCAUCCGGCCACCCGCCUAGAUCCGAUCCUGGCCCCGAGAACAUCAACAAUCUCUCCCCUCCCCGAGCCUGCCACCCCCUAGCGGAGCCAGAAGCACCUGUUGCUCGCCUACCUGUUUUACUCGCGCGGCGGCACUGCGCGCCAGUAUCAGUCGGAACGUCGCGCGGCUGGUGUUGUGUCGGGUACGAACGCGCAGCAGCAGGUUGUUCCUCCGACGUUCUCGUGGACACCCGUCGCGAGCGUACGUGAUCCCUGUGCAUUCCGAGCGAUCGUGUCGCAAAUCGGCCGGCCGAGAGGAAUCUCAGCCGAGAGGAAGCUCGCGCUCGUCGCCGCGAACGCACGACUCCGGACGUCGUCGUCUCGUCACCGUCGUCGCAUACACACACCGAUUCGAUUCCCGUGGGGCCGAGAGAGAGAGGUAACGCGAGAAGCCGAUCGGCGUCGGUGCUAUCCGCGACGCACUUGACGCGCGCGUGCGUGAGUGCUCCGUUCGCUACGUUUGAAAACGCCGUGAUUUCGCGGCAAAAACAUUGCAUCCACGACCGCGGUAACGCCGAUCGACGACGCUCUCGACGCUGGCUUUUCGGUUUUCGGCGCUCCGACGCGCUCCUGAUUCCGCGUCCGACCGACGAAAGAUCGCUGGACGUCGAGGCGCGUGAGGAAGAACGCGUCGAGGAAACGCACGGUGUAGACAUGGUAAACCGGCGGCGUGACGUCGUCGUCGCGUUCUUCCUGAGUUUCGUUCGCGCGCGCGAAAUUGUGCGGCUGAAUUGACGACACGGCAAGAAGGAGAGAGAGAGAGAGAGAAGGAUAGAGAGCGAGCGAGCGAGAGAGUGAGUGUGUAUGCGUGCGUGUGCAUGUAUAUGAAAGAAAGAACGAGAGAGAGAGAGAGAGAAAGGUAGAGAGAGGUAGAGCGAAAGCGAGUCGUAGAGGCAAGUAGCGGCAGGAACGCCGACGACCGGUCGAAGCAGCGCGAGAAUAUGCGCGAGAAGCGAGCCUAAGCGCGAACCAUGGAGGACGCAGCAGCAACAGCAGCAACGGCAACAGCAACAACGCAGGAUGCCUGCUUCGGAGCAGGCAGCGUGGCCGGAGCCGUGAUCGGGACCUUUCUGACGACGCUCGUUCUGCUCGCGGUCGCGGCGCUCCUCUACAGGCAGUGGCGCAGGCAUAAGGGUAAGCACUUGGUGCUGGUGACAGAUCCCGAGAUCGUCGAGGAUGCGUACGCCUUCGACAAUCCUUGCUUCAAGGAUGCCACGCCUGCGGUUGGCCGUGUCACAGAGAGACCGUUGUCGGCUGUACCUGGCGAUACACCUGUCAAGGAUUCCACACGAUGGUCCACACCUUGGACCUCUCUUGGCCUCGGAUCGGCCAUCCGCAACGACAAACGUCGGACUCUCGAUGAUUCCUACGUCAGCCCCAAGGCCACCAGGGUCAGCGUAGUCAGUCUGCGUAGUCGUGACUUCACCGGACUGGGUUUUAACGUAUGCGGUAAUAUGAGGGAGGGCAUCUUCGUCAAGGACCUGCUGCAUCGCGGCCCCGCGUCCGAAUCCGGACUGAUACAUCCUGGCGACCGCAUCUCCAGCGUGAGGAUCAGCUUCCGCAACAUGGUGUACGAGGACGCGCUGACGAUCCUGAGCUACGCCUCGCCGUACGACGUGGAGCUGGAGGUGGAGAGCGGCGGCAACGGCUCGAAGCCGGCGACGCUGCUGAAGAAGAGCGUCGGCCCGAGCUCGACGAGGAUAUGCCAUCCUCUCUACAGGAGCCAGUCGAUUCCCGAGUUCUCGCAGGCGCACAGGAGCGUGGCGAAGCGGCUCUUCAUGGCCGACCCGAACGACUCGGUCGGCUCGAACUACUCGACGAUGAACUCGACGACGCAGAAGUCGUCCAAGUCGACGCCGGCCGGCGGCCAGAACCUCGAGAGGCGUCACGACGAGACGAGGAACAAUCACCACCACAAGUUCGGCAUCAAGGUGCUGCCGGCGCUCGACGGCACCGUGCACCGCAUCGAGAAUCAGAACGAGCACAACACGAAUCUCGAGAGAAGGCACUCGCGCAAGCUGGACGCGGAGAAGCUGCUGGCGAACCGGCACUCGACGACGUCGAGCGACGGCCCGCCGUCGGAGCGUUACCAGCAGCGCGACGACCACGCGCUGCCGACGACGAGGGUCGACGAGCCGGACGGCGGCAAGAGCGACUCCGUCAACAUACCGUCGGAGGUGCCGGCGGAGGUGCACAACGCGGCUAUGGCGGCGCGCAGGAACCGCAAGAGCUACCCGGAGCCGCUGAAGACGAGCGGCUCGUUGGAGUCGGAAGGCGGCAAGAGUCCGCAGAAGAACAAGAGGAAGGCGCCGGCGCCGCCGAAGAGCGGCUCGGAGGCCCCGCCGAAGAAGGACGCGAUGAUCGACACGAUCGAGAGCAUCGCCGAUUACACGGAGUCGUUGUGCAGCUACGUGAGCAAGGCGCGCGACAACGACGCGGCGGCGGCGGACCGGCAGCACCGGCUGGAGAGCCAGUCGAUGGCGAACAGGCGGAACUCCGAGUCGGACACCGACAGCGAGAUGCAGAACAGCUUCACGACGAUCGAGCUGAACCCGGCGGACAUCACGAUCCACCGCACGCCGGUGCCGGAGGCGCCGAACGACGACGAGGAGGAGGACGACAUGUACAGGAAAGCGGCCAGCUUGGGCGACCUCUCCAAGUACGAGAGUAAGGCCGCCGCGACCUUGGAGAGGGCGCAGAGCCUCGACAUGAGCGCCGACACGGGCGCGAAGAAGCGCAAGGCGCCGUUGCCGCCGGAGGACAUAAACGAGUCCACGGAGGACCUCAGCAGGCUCGACCAGAUCGACACGUUCGACCGGCGGAAGCUGAAGAAGUCCAACGAGUGGGGCACCCUGGAGGACGUGAUCUGGAGCGAGAACGCCGCGGCGUCCGCCGAGCCGGCGGACGAGAAGAAGACGCGGACCAGGAAGAGGAGCAACGGCACCCUGGAGCGCUCCAAGUCCGCGGUGGAGAUCAAGCUGAAGGACGAGGUCGGCGAGAAACGGGCCGAGGACUCCGAAACCAGCAGCAUCGAGCUGUACAACCUGCCGUUGAGCAAACGACUGACCCAGGAGUUCAUUCACGCGGAGCGGAUGUUCAAUCCGGACGAGGACAACUCGCUGGCGAGGAUCGUCAACGACGGCAAUGUCGUGAAGAGCCCGACGCCGGAGGAGCUGGAAUUGGACUUCCAGCUGGCCCGGGAGAAACUCGCGGUCGAGGAGGAGGCCGGCGUGUCGGAGAAGUCGGGGGACUUCAGCCGCGCGUUGCGCUACUUCGAGAUGCACGCCUCCCCGGAGCCGGCGAGGCCGGACGACUCGAAGGAGGAGGGAGUGACGAGCGAGCCGUCGCUCUACUCCGGUAAGCAACCGGUCGUCGAGGAGCCGGUCUCGAAGGUGAGCGUGGACCGGGGUUGCCGCGGCUGCCACGACAGGCACAGCGCCGACUGCGAGAAGCUGAACGGCCAACGUCGCGCGACUCCUACGCGGACGUCGUCCGCGAGGGAGAGCGCCGAAGGCGAACGGACGCGAGGAGCCAACAAGUCGAGGGAGGAGGACUCGUGGGAGGAGAUCGUGGACGGUGGGAAGAACGCCUUCUCCACGUUCCAGGCGCACCGGACGAAGUUCGAGCUGCACACGGCGGAUCAGCACGAGAGGAACGGCUCGGCGACGAAGCCCAAGUCGCCGUGCGACGUCGUUACGUUCGACACGCACUUCGGCAGACGCGUGGUCGAGGUGGUCGAGAGCGGGAAUCGCGACGACGACGACCCGAUGGAGGACGAGGACGAGUACGAGUUCGGCGGGGGCGCCGGGCUGCGGGCGAACAACCGGAGCGCGUUCUCGGUGAAGGAGGAAGAGCGUCGGAACGCCAGCAACGUCAGCAACGUCAGCGUGUCGAGCGGGGAGAACAGCGAGGACAGCGGCCUGGUGAGGGAGUCGAUGGACUACCAUCCGCGGGACUCCGGCCUGCGUUCGUCCUCGUCGUCGCCGCCGAACACCGGCCGGAAGGCGACCUACAUCACGGAGAUCAAGGUCUCGCCCAACCGGGAAGGCGCUGCCGACAACGAGCAGGUGACCACGAGCAGCAGCGGCGCUGCGGAGAGCGGCGAGUCCCGGAGGUCGUCGGCGCAGCGGGACGCCAAGGUGACCUCCAACGGCAAGCCCACGUCCGGCAAGAAGCCGCCGGUGCCCCCCAGACGGUCGGACAUCGCGAAGAGCCCGAGGGACGACAGGCUGGCCGACAAGCAGGUCGUCUACGUGUCCGAGUACAAGUCCGCGGCCAAAGGCCCGCAGAUCAUGGACGCGCAGUCGACGGAGAUGAGGCAGCCGGAGAACGCCGGGAAGAAGUUCGAGCAUUGGAUCUUCGUGGCCGACAAAGAGCAGGCUCGCUGGAGCGCCGGCCAGCCGCAGCCCGUGACGAACAUCGUCCUCUCCUCGAGGGAUGACGCGAACUAGAGCACUCGCGGCCCCACCCGGUCGCAUUCGGAAAACACGAGCGUUGCGAGAUCGUCUUCGAUGAUCGUCGUCUCUGAUUGGGGUAUGCUUUUGGAUCCGUGGCAGAUCCGAGAGGAUACUCCAGUGACAGUGAACACACUCACUCAACCAGCACUCCCAGCGUUCCCAGCAAACGCCAAGCGUAACAGUAGCGUUAAUGUUACAAUGUUAUCAUUUUCAAUGUUGUAAUUCUCUACUCAACGAUGUAAUUGUUAUACACAGCAUGCGUUGCACUGUAUUUACAUUGUGGAGUUGGGAAUUAUAUGGAUAUUUAUUUACUUCAGCUUAGUGCCAAGCAAGGACUUGGUUUACAAUCUUUGCAUUAACAUCCAUGUCUGAAGAUUACUUAAUUAAUUAAAAUUCGUUACGAUAAAAUUUAACGCGUAAAUAUCACUGCACAAGCAUUGCCGCUUCUAUUACUUUUAUCUUGUUCGAUCUAUCGCAGCCUUUCACAUCUAAACGUUAAUUUUUAUCCGAGUUGGAAAUUAUAACAUUGACGUGAUGCUGCUGUUAUUUGGCGUUUGCUGGGUUGUUUCCUGAACGCGAUCAUUGUUGAGAAUUGAGAAGAAUUCGGUGUGUUGAAGAAGCUACCGUAAAUGAUAUUGUUGAUUCAACGUCGCCACUUGCUCUGGGAUUCGCGGGUUCGUGGAGCGAUACUACCAUGUUGAUAUUUCAGAGAGGCGCCGUCCU